AUGGAGACGGCCAUAAUAUACUGUUCCAUGCAUGUGGCAAUAACUGAAAAAAACUAUCCACCUGAUUUCUUGAAUAAGGUAACUGCAGAGAUAAUUGCAACCUAUCUACUGGUGUUUGUGACAUGUGGUUCGGCUGCUCUUAGUGCUAGCGAUGAACACAAAGUCUCUAAACUUGGAGCAUCUGUAGCAGGUGGCCUAAUAGUCACAGUUAUGAUCUAUGCAGUUGGACACAUCUCUGGUGCACAUAUGAACCCAGCUGUAACCCUGGCUUUUGCAGCGGUUAGUCAUUUCCCUUGGAAACAGGACUCUGAGAAGUUGGGUUUUUUGGAAAAUGAGUUGAUUCGGGUGAAUGUGAGUUUCAUGGGCAAAUGCCACAUGGUAGUGGAGGAAAAUUUGGGAUCUUUCGGGUUCGGGAAGGUGCCAAGUUCCGAGGAGAGGAUUAUCAGAAUGUGUGUGGUUCACUGCCUGACCGGUUGA